UCCGCUGAGAUUGCGGCGUCCUUCGCGCGUCGCCGCAGAAAUUACCCGUAAGGCGAAGCAGCCCUAUAAAUAUAACGGUGCAUAUCCCGCAUGCAGUGUCAGCUAUUAGCAAAUGUAUCCCUUUCGAAAAAAGUACGUUUAAAUUAGUGGAAAGACAAAUUAUAUUGUACCAGCUUCCUAAUUAAUUUCUCAAACAAUUAAUUUCAUCAAUAUUAUCCAAUGUUUAAACAUUUAACCAGAUAUUUGAGAACUAUGUAGUAGUUUCGAUUUUGUUACAUUAAUGAUCUACUUUUGAAAGGUGGUGAAAUUAUCUAAAUUAGAAUCUGAAUUAAGGUAAAGGGGUGGUGCUGUAAUUGGUCGCGAGAGUUCCGGUUUUCAGCGCAUCGACCGGGUAGAAAGUCUGGGCUCGGUUGGCGAAGCCCUGAGCCGGAGCUCCGGGACUGGAAAUACGAACGGCGGGCAGUGCGGUCGGACCUGGAUACUCGCCCUGCUUUAUCUUUUAAAACAUUUUUCCUCCCUCUCUUUUUUUCUCUCCAAGAAUUUAGGGUGGGAUUUUUUUAAGCAGAGGUCGGGUUCCGACAAAGCGCAGCGCACAUGGCUGCGUAGAUUAAUGGGUUUUUCCUGCAAGGAACAAAAACACGGGGCAACAGUGCAGACCGAUGCAUAUCGACGUGAGCCCGUGAUAAAUACGCUUUUGGAAUUGCACGGUAACCAGAUCUUUGCACAACAUCUGAUAUGUGGAGGGCUGCUAGAUUGUCGCCGGGGCUUCGCUGGCUCUACUUUUGGUAACUGUAAAUGCGGAUAGGGGUGAACGCUUAAACCCGGGCUGGGAUACCAAAUGCGACCUGGGUGGAACUGACAAGACCUCAGUAUUUUGAGUUCCCCAUCCUAUUGUUAUUCCUUUCAUCGUUUAUUAUUAUUUUUCUGUGAAAUCGGCUGGGUUUUGCAAGAAGGACUGCCAAAGGAAUUUGACCAAGUGUGCCCGGGCGACGAGAAAAAGGCGAACGAGUUCGGCAGGAUCUGACACUGGGGAAAUAAUAAUAAGAAUAAUAAUAGAUUUAUAAAACAUCAAAAUAAGCGGGACAUUUUCUAUAUCUGCCGAGCAUCUCGGCUAUGGCGGUUGCGAGGAAAGUCGACCUCAUUGUUGGAGUUGUUCUACUUUUGCAGUCUCUGGGAAAUGCCUUGCAAGUCACAGGAGCGCAACUGUCACCAGCAAGUGGGGUCCUCUACACGUAUCUGCAGAGACCACACCAGGAGGAAGAGGGGCCUUUGGUGGACAUACGGCAUUAUAGCCACAGAUGGAGGAGGUGGCUGCCUCCACCCAGGUCCAUGGAGAGUAAUCGGGCCAGUCUGGACCAAGACCCAGACCAGGACCCAGACUCAAGCCAAGACCAGGAUGGGACAGAUGCUGAUCGCUUCCCUGGGCUUCUGCCAGAACUGGAUGGUGACAACAGCUCUCAGAUAGAGGAGGACAUGGACCACAACUACUACACGUCCAAGACCUAUGGGCCCAACGACCCCCUGAGCAAGGAGCUGUGGGUGAACAUCGAACAGAUGGACAAGGAGAAGGUGAAGAUCCAUGGAAUCCUGUCGAACACCCACAGGCAGGCUGCGAGGGUGAACCUGUCCUUUGACUUCCCCUUUUACGGGCAUCUUCUGCGCGAGAUCACCGUGGCAACCGGAGGGUUCAUCUACACGGGCGACGUGGUGCACCGCAUGCUGACUGCCACCCAGUUCAUCGCCCCACUCAUGGCCAACUUUGACCCCAGCGUGUCCCGGAAUUCCACGGUCAUCUACUUUGACAAUGGCACGGCUUUGGUGGUCCAGUGGGACCAUGUCCAUCUCCAAGACAACUACAAUCUAGGAAGCUUCACCUUCCAGGCCACACUACACAGCAAUGGAAGGAUUGUGUUUGCGUACAAGGAGAUUCCCAUUGAUGUGACCAGAAUCAGCUCCGUCAAUCAUCCCGUAAAAAUUGGCCUCUCCGAUGCCUUCGUGGUUGUCCAUAGGAUCCAGCAGAUACCCAAUGUUCGGAGGAGGACGAUAUACGAGUACCACCGCGUGGAGCUCCUGAAGAACAAGAUCACCAACUGCACGGCUGUUGAGAUCAUACCGCUGCCCACCUGUCUCCAGUUCACCAGUUGCAGCCGCUGCAUCACGUCCCAGAUCGGCUUCAACUGCAGCUGGUGCCACAAGCUCCAGAGAUUGAUUACCCCCCCCAAGUGCACUGUGCCCGCUCCAGUUCUUGGGGAGGAUGCUGAGGAUCAGGUCAGAGAUGACACCAAGAUUGCUCUGCACCUGAAAGACAAUGGAGCAUCGCCGGCUGAGAGCACCGCGCCGGAGAAGCCAGGCAGCCUGCACACUGGUCUCAUCGUCAGCGUCCUCAUGGUCAUGGUCGUCAUGGCCGUCGCCGUUCUGGUCACCGUCUACAUGUAUCAUCACCCCAUGUCGGCCCCCAGCAUCUUCUUCAUCGAGAGACGCCCCAGCAGGUGGCCAGCCAUGAAGUUCCGCCGUGGCUCAGGACACCCAGCCUACGCGGAGGUGGAGCCCAUGGGACAGGAGAAGGAGGGCUUCACAGUGUCAGAGCAGUGCUGAGGACGCCAUCUUCUAUCUCUGUCUCUCUCUCCCUCCCUGGCCCUGUCUCUCUCUUUCUCUGUCCCUGUAUUUGUAGCCCCAAGGCCAGCACAACCCUACUGGCUCAUAACUGGAUUUGGAAAUACAUUGGGUUGCUUGGUCUUCUAUCUGUUUUUAUUUUUUUGGAAAGAGGAACAUGGUGCAGCUUCUAACUACUGAAGAAGGUGACAUCAGAAUGCAAAGCAAACUCACAUCCACCUGGAAGGUCUGACUCCUUACCCUUCACAAGUUCACCAGAGCCUCUUGAACUUCUGGAUGGUGUCGUCGACGCACGGGAGGUGUGAGCCGUCAUGGACCGCGGUUGGAGAGGCUGGCUGGAGUGGAGAUGUAGGAGACAUGUGGACUUGGGACCUGGAGAGCAGAUGUUUGGUUUCACAAGCCCAGCGUCCGCCUGCAGGUGGUGCUGCAUUAUCCAGCGGACUCCACGGAUAGUGACUCGGGAGGGAGGGUGGUCAACUCCGUAAUCGUCCUCCAGCCGCCGCAAAGCCUGAUGGGAUUAGGUGCAUUUUAUUUUUCAGAAACUGUAAGAAAUGUCCCAACUAUGAAUUUAAUUAACAGUGUAAGGUUUCAUGUAUCAUAUAAUGGUUUUUUGUGACAGGGAUUCCCUUAUAAAAUAUAUAUUUUUUUAUCUAUCAUCCACUUAACUUGCAUCCCCCAGAAUCACGCCAAUUCCCGUGACUUUUUCAUGUGGCAGACACUGUUCCCUGGAACAACGCAGUACAACAUGCACCCCCCACCCCCCUCCCCCCAGGACGCGGGAUUGAGCAUUUCCUGCUGCGAUUUCUUACUGGGGAGAUUAUAAAACCAGCUAACUGGUCCCCUGUCUAACAGGAGUCCAGGAGGGCUUUUGACUUUGUCAUGCUCAGUCAACCCUUGUUUUCACCACACAUUCUUACAAGCCGUGGUUGGCAGUUGGGGGGGGGGGGGGGGGGGUGGGGGGGGGGGGGGGGGGGGGGGGGGGGGGGGGGGGGGGGUUAGGGUUGUGAGGGGGCUGCAGGAUCCCUGGGAGGUACAGUGCUAGAGGCACCCAGAGAGUACCCCUAUGGCUCUACCCCUAUGGCUCUACCCCUAUGGCUGUACCUCUAUGGCUCUACCCCUCACUCACAGCCACUAUUGACCCCAGCUUCAGACUGGCAUUAGAGACCAGCGUUGAAAUACGACGAGAGCAGACAGACAGAAACUAGAGUAACAUUUACAGGUUCAGGUUUUUGGACCCAGUCAGCCAGUGUUUUGACAGACCGGAUCUGUCUCCACCGUAACUCAUUUUCCAGCAAUAAUGGUUUCUCAUUUUCAUUUCAUUUAUUUCGCAGAUGUUUUUAUCCAAAGUAUUGUACGUUUUAGAUUUUUUUUUCCCCAAGAAAGCAGGUUCAGAAAAUCCCUGAAGCGACUGGGGUUAAGGGGCCAGGCCCAAGGACCUUAUGGUGAGAUUACUCAGCCAUCCACGGGAUUUGAACCAGCGACCUUCCGAUCACAGGGUCUUAACCCACAGAGCCACACACAAGUCAUUUCUUACAUAGAUGAACGAACAUAGAAUAAGUGGAGAGAUCGAAAUGACCUGGUGAACAUUUGGGCAACAUAUCAGCGUUCCAUCCAUCCAUCUUUCAGCCAUCAUCUUUGAAGUGUGUAGGGGGGGGUUGAGCCUGGAGCCUACCCCAGGCGACACAGAGCACAAGGCAGGGGUACUCCCUGAUUGGAAGAGCAGUUUUGUUGGGAACGAACAAAAUGGUUGCUACUUGAGGUCCUUAAAUCGUGGAAAAAUAUAUCAUCAUUCAUAAAGGCAGUUAACCAGCUGUAAAUAAAGCCACUUUCAGCAGGGACUUCUUUGGCUUUUCUAGUUGACUUAUGCCCUGCAGGUGCCGUUUGGUGACCCGUUUGCCCCUGCAUUCACCAUCGCUGCCCCACGCACAGGGUGGGGGGCUUGACUCUGUAGCCCAUCGUUUCCCCUGGGUCCAGUUUCCUGCUCCGGUCCAAGGACAUUUAGGUUAAUUGGCAUCUCUAUCACUCAUGAAAGCUAAACCGAAAACAAGUUCUCAAAACAAAAAAAUAAAAUAAGACAUGAAAAUAAAAUGAAAAAUAAAAUAUGAAAAUGAAAAACUACAACUAAACGAAAACUAAAUAAAUAUUGCAUUCAAAACUGAAAUAAAAAACAAACAUCAAAUACUUUCUGUUGCCAUUUUUUUUGUUAUUUAGCUAAUUACCAUUAAAUUCCAGAAGCAUUUCUUGCCCAUUUUGAGGACACAAGUACAUAAAUUUCACUGUGUAUUUAUGUUUGAUUCUCUAAAGAUCAGACACAUAAAACAGCUCGUCAGUCUAUCCCUAGGAAUAAAGAAUAAAAUUUAUACUUAAACUAAAUGAUUAAAAAAGAAUCUUUGAAAUGAAAACGAAUAAAAUCACACUGAAAAAUUACUAAAAUUAAACUGGAUUUCAAAUUAAAUUUAAUUUUUUAUGUAAAAUUUAAAACAAAAUUGAAAAAUCAAAACUAUGUAAUAACGUAACGCUGCCUCCGUAUUUCCCAUAAUGUAUUUCUGUCUGUGUCUGUAGUUAGAAGAUGGAUGGAUGCAACAGCUAGACAUAUAUCAGUGAUAUUGUUUCAGCCGUUCCGUCCCUGAAGCUCUUUCUGUGCAGCACGGUUUAACAUGCCACCACUUCACGGCCCACUCCCAAAAUAUCACUUUCCUGAACCUGGAAGCGGAGAGGAAAGGAGGGAGGGAGACGGAACACGGUGCUGGUUCCGUGUUUCCAGGCUUUCUGGGAGCCCCGGGUGACAUCAGGCAUCUGUCUGUUGGGUACAUCUACCUGAAACUGUAAAUGUUAACCACUGUCAGAAUUUGCACAAAAUAUAUAUAGAAAUAUACCGUGGGGGGGCGCUGUGAUUCCUGUGAAUAGCGUGGUUGAUGGGGGUGCAAGCUGCAAUAAUCUUUCAGACUAGGCUGAAUAAUACUGGGUGGUGUUUUUAGCCAGUGAGUCUCAAAUACUAACCUUCUUGUUGCUGUAAUCUCCUGCAUCACUUAACCUGGUUGAUUGCUUUUUCACCCAACUUUAUCCUAACAUGCUUUUAGAUUAAAAAAAAAAAAACACUGUUUUUGGUGUUACUGCAAUAGAAUAUAUUAUUGAAGUGGGUUUAUUCUCUUAUGUGAAAUACGAGUUUAAGAUGGACUAAAGCGGACUGACACUUUGACACUUCUGUUCUGCGGCUGGCUGUAUUUCGGGAGAAAAUCAAAUGAUCCAAAUCCUCAGCUGCGGGACACGCUUGAUGUUCGCCGUCCAAGUCCAGGACACAGCGAGAGACGUCCAAGUCAGGCGGUUACUGCAGCUGUCUGUCGAUUUUCUGUUACUGUUAUUUUAUUAUAAUUUUUUUUUUGAUUACAUUUGAAAUAAAGGAUGUUGUUUUACUGGA